ACGAAACGUUUCUCCCACUGAAAUUUCUACGUCCAGAUGAACAGAAUCAACCUUUUGGGAUUAUUGGCUGAUAUUAGCUAUAGCGUGUAAAAUAAGUACUGAACAUCUAACCAAUUUCUAAAUAUAUUUCUAAAGGUGCUAUUGACAUGAAAUUCUCACCAGAUGUCGAUAACAACCCAUCCAAUUCAAACAUGCAAAGAAAUCAAACUAUAGAAACACAACAAUCAGGUGAUUGGAGCACAGUGUGAACAAGUAAUCUAAUAUCAAUUAACACAUCUUCUCUUUAUGUUUUAUGUGCAGCUUGUGUAUCAGAAUAUCGGAUUUUUGCAUCACCAAUCAUUGGUAUCUGUAUCAGUGUUACAAAUAAUGUAUCAGUUAGACAAAAAACAUGUUGUUUGAUAAAUGGGAUCAUAAUCUGAACAUAUAAUCUGCUUGGUUAGCACACAUAAUGAUAAAAACUGUAGUGUUAAUGUGCCGGGGUUAGUUAAAUAAAGAUAACAGUGUCUCUUUGUUGUGUUUUAUUUUGCUCUGUGUCUUUGUCACUGUAGACACUGAACUGGAACAAGUGAUGUUCUUAUAUGUUUUUGUAGGAAGACAGUUAUAUGUGUCUCUGUGAUACAUAUAUGCUCUCUUCUUAUACUGGAAAAUAUCUUUAAGUCUAAGAAGGUGAAGCACGUUCCCACUCAGACAAACUGGUAAUUGCAUUUGCUAUAAUGAUGCAGCUGCCAACACAAGGAUUCAGCCUAGUUUUCUCGCACUGGUGAGCAAAUAUUUUCCCUGUUCCUCACUGUAGUCUGACUUCAUGUAAAUUGGUUCUUCUACAAAGACUCAGUGGUGUUGGUCGGGAUGUGACACGAAGACCCAGCAAACAAAUAAGAUUUGGGAUGGUUUUCAGGGUCUGUGACAUCAGCCUUAGCUUGGGGGCACAUUGGGUGGUCAAUGCAUGUGACCUUCUCAUAGCGGGGGCUCCAUAACCCCCAUCCAUCCCUAUUAGAGGACACUUAUCAGGGACAGCAGCCAGAGUGACACACUCCCAGCUGGGCUUCCCUGGAGAAAAUACUGUGAAGCGCAGGGAUAAAUCCCCACAGUGCACUGAGGUGUGUUUCUGUGUAUGCAUGCAUGUAUAUAUCUGUACGUGUGUGUGUGUGUGUGUGUGUGUGUGUGUGGUUGUGUAUGAGUUGCUCUCUGCAGAUAGGACCCUGUGACUCUGAGAUAUGCACAGGCUCAUUAAUUAGAAGCUCUCAUUAUCCCCCCUCAGGCUCCAGACACUUAAUCAACACCAAGCUCAAACUAAGACACAUGCAUGCACGCACUCUCACACACACACAUGAACAGCCAUCUCACAGAGUCCACAGCAGGCUCCAUUCUGACACAACAUCAUCUAAGAAUACAGCUGUGUAAAAGAGGUGAAUGAGUAAAUGCUGAUGAGGGUUAUUUGUUUUCAGUGAUGUAUGGCACAGCAGAGUGGUGGGUGUCAUUGCUGUUUAACACUUUUAUUGUUCUAAUGUUGUUAAGCAUUUCAAAACAGAUUCAUCCGUCUGCCAUGUCGCGCAGUGGAAGCAAUCCGUCAAAUAGCGUAAAUUAUAUUCUUAUGUUUUAAAUUUCGAUGCUGGAACAAAUGAGCUUUCAAGACUUUUUGCUUUAUGAAUCUCGAAUGCCUGCGAGGUUUACCAAAUGUCUGUUCUGCCGUCUUCCAACAUGAAGCGUUGACACUUUAUAGCUACCGAACAGUGCGGUGACUGCCAUGUUUGUACUGUUACCUUAACCUGUAAAUAUAUCUGUACAGAGGAUGUUAGACAUUACAUAUCCUUGUGUUUGUGUGUGUUAGUGUGUGUACUUUACUGGUUUAAAACCUCAGCCCCUAAAAUUAAAAGGAUGCUGUUUUUUCAGAGAGGGGAUGGACGGUGCUCAGCGACACUCUGAUGUUGGGACUUCAGAGUGAGUGCUGGGAUAAAUUACACUCAGACAUUUGGAAGAGCUUUUGGAUGACUAUUCUUCAGUCGUGUGUUAAAUACCUUUUCAGUUCUCCUUCUAUUCAGUCGCAAAGUGCGACAGACAGGUUGCCAGCUCUAAUAAUACUUUUGGGUGGAGCCUCAGAGAGUGUGUUUAAGCAGUUCAGAUUUAUGAUGGGAUGAUUCUUCCUCCACCCAGUUAUGAAGUUGUGGAAGAGCGUUCUUCCAGCUAUGAAGUAUAAGGCAUCUAGCAAAUAAGACGGGGAAUGCUGUGAGCUCAGCUCAGUAGAAUGACUUACAUGUACAGUUAAUAGUCACAUUUCACCUUUAAGAAAUAGUUUUAAAUGCACCUGUGCAAGCUGAGGUCAGUUUGGGACAUGAAGCGUCUGAACAAGGCUGCCUGAGUGUUGAUUGCACCCGAUCGGGCUAUGUCAGAUCUGAACCAAGAGUUUGACCAAAUAAAAUGUGUGGCUUGUGGAAAGGUUCAGCAGCUAUGAGGCGUCUGUAGUAGUAGAGUGACAGACCUUUGCGCCUUACUUGAAUUAGUUUUAUUGUAAUGCAGUUGUCCAACGCCAGCAGACGAGCCUAACUCACCAACCCUCUGAACAAAACAUACAGCGGAGACAUUUUUGAGGGCGUUAUUGGCAAGAACAAGAAAAGGAAGCGCAAACUUUUAAACAGCUCCAAGUUGUGGAAAAUGAAAGAGGGGGGAGAGUUGGGGGCGGGGGUUGGUUGUUUCCCUCUGAAGGCUGGAGUCUGAUUUCCUGUGCGGCUGUGAUUGGGAAAGCAGAGGCACGCACAGGGAGCCUGCUUCUGUAUGGAGAUGCCAGAUGACAGGCUGUUGCUGAACAGCGCGCUGAGCUGGCCUUUGAUUGGUCAUCAAAAACGCCUUUUAUGAAACAAUCUCCUGUGUAAACCUGCUUUAGAAAGUGGGGCUUUAAUGUGUGAGCGUGCGUGUGUGGAUGAAAGAGAGCACAAGUGUAAAUAGUAUCUUAUUCGUGUGGUGUGCUGCACAGACCCAACAGGAGUCAUUUGUGGCCAUGGGAAUACAAGCUAGGGAAAAAUAUAGACGCUGUAUAAUACAGGCACACAUAACUCCCACCUCUCUUGACUACAAAUGUGUGCUUUGAUCACAGUGCCAGCUGCGGAUGCGGAUGCAGUGACAGUGUUUAUGUUCAUCCGAGUGUUUCACGGACUCAUUUUGCGCAGCAGGAGUUUGUCCAUCGGGCCAUAUGUCAGCUUCGCCCCUCCUCCUGCUGCCUUUUGUUAUCUUGGUGACCCCUAGGUGCACUGCGGACCCAGCUGACCCUGAAGACACACUAGUUUAUUGACAAACUCACAGCUCCAUAGAGUCAAUUACCUAAACCAAUUUAAAUCACAAGCCUACUGGUUAAACUGGUUUCACCUGCACUUCAAUAUUGACCAUUUCUUUAAUCCAGCUUUCCCCUUAUUUGAGCUCAUUUCUGAAAAUAGAGAGAGGGGCUUUUAUUGUUACUCUCUUAGUGCUCAAUCGUGUAUCUGGUGAUGAGUAGUCUAUGUUUUUGCUGCAGGAGCUGGGUUCAGCAUCAUUAGAUAUGUUUUUCUGAUGACAGCGGUGGUGCACUGAUUGAAAAAUUCUGGGUAUUUCUGAUGUUUAUUUUUAAGGUUUUUUUGUUGUUCCUCUUUUAUUAUCAGGCAACAAAAGCAAUAUUCAUUAUAAAUGAAUACCGGAACUGUUGUAAAAGUUUUGAGCCCCUCAUGACACUAUUGUUGAAAGAGCACUUUUAAUCAUAGAAUUUUAUAAAACGGAAUCACAGAUUAGAAGAUUAGAAACGGGUAAAAGGCCAGUGGCAGAACGAGACACUGAUAAUUCAACUCAUCGCCUGCUGAUAGUCAUUCUUCUUCAGUGUGUCUCUGACGGUGAUUCCAGUGUGUUGUUUGUUAUCAUUUCCUCUGUUCUUAAUUUAAAAGAAGCAGGUAUUUUUAAACCGUGCUCACCAAUAAUAUUUUGCAAUGUCAGAUCCCUGAUGUGCGGUAACAUAUUGCACAGUUUAUUGCAUGUGACAGUUCCUCUCAGCAGGAAGAAACACGUAAAGUGUGUAGAAACAGGGCUCUAGCUGUCUCCAGUGUCCAAGGCUCUCUGUCCUUUGUAAACUGUACCCUUUAUGUGUGAAUUCAGUCUCUUCUUGCCAUGAAAAUAUUCAAAAUAAUCAAGGACAGUAGCUUCUAUUGAGAAUGAUCAAGGCAGCAAGCUCAUGCAGCAGCACUGUGUAGUGUUAUUUGAAUUUUUUGAGCUUAUUUACACCCGUUUAUACUGUGAUGAUCUGCUAACAGAUUCACUUCUUUAUGUGAGGUUGGAGACUUAAAUUUUUUAGCGGCCUAAGGUCAACAGUCGUCCCUCCUUAUGUGGGGGUGCACAGCAUUACCAGUCCAAUUAUCCCACAUAUUUAAACAAUAUCCAACAUUUUGAAUGUCUGUUGUUUACAAAAGUGAACGCAGCGUCACAGAAAAUGUGAGAGAGAAAGCGAUGGAUGCAUCGCUGCUGCGAGCAAAGAUGAUUACCAGACAGAUGAGCAGCUGAAAAAACGGUCCACAGUAAAGGGAAUACACCAAUGUGCAAAGGCUAUCGCAAAAGACUACAAAAACAAACUUUAGCUUCCAUUUAUGUUUCUAAGAAUUUGUAAAAUUGUAUUCAUAUAAAAAGUAGUGGCUGAUGCCAAACAUUUAACCUGCAGAGUUUGUUUUUGAUGUCAGAUACACCCACCUCUUGGCUUUGGUAAAGUAUCCCAGAUUCAUUUAUUUUGUAGGGACGUGGUCACGCUAUAGGAGAUUUUCGGAGAAAAAUAAUCACAUAUUCUUUAGAUUCAUUCUGAACUGAACAGCUUUAAUCAUCUUCUGUGUGACUAUUGUUUGUUGGAGUGUGAGGUCUAUACCGACAACUUAAACGGACACAAGGACAUUUCCUGAAAAUCACAAAACCCUGUCCUGUGUUUAAAGCAUGUUGGGCUGCCACAGCAAUUGGCACGUGGUUAGAGAGACUGCUCGAGGAUUUAGGAUCUAGGGAUGUGUCCUUGAGCGACGCACCAAUCCACAGCCCGCCUCCUGUCUGGGUGGCAGCACCAUCUAAGUGCGUAAAUGUAAAGCGUACUUUUUGGCAAGUCUUUGGACGGCGGCGCUAUGACCCUGCUACCUUACGACCGCUCAGCUCCACUGCUACAAGUCUCUAAACUGUGAGGCUGGAGGAGCGCAGGGAAGGAAGUCAUCAGAAAGCUGUAGUCCAGUUUUUCUUUUCUUUUUUUCUUUUUUUGCUGUUGCGUGAACCAGGAUAUCCUUCCAGCUGCAGAAAUUCCAGGGAUUUUUUUUGGUGCUUGAACCCCCCUUCUCAUAAAAGUAAUCCUUGCCUGUCGCGCCGUCUCCACCGACCUCUGUGUGACUAUUUCUCUACGAAUACUUCCAAAAGUCUGUUUCGGCCGCUGGAAAACGGGAUUUGACCACUUGUGAUGAGUGUUUUUGCAUUUUGGUAGUCAUUUCGCUUCCCUGUGGUCUGCUCCGCAUCGACUAGGACAGAUUGGACACAGUUUAUUCGCACCGCGCUGGACUAAAAUUUGUAACCUAAUUAUAGGGAAGACUUCUCCUUCUUCUUCUUCUUUUAAAGAAAAAACUUUAAGAAUAAAUCUUCCUGAAACAAGAUCCCGAUUGGUCCCGGUGGCGCUGAUCUUGCGUGCCGAGUGAAGAGGGACCGGGUUCAUUACGGACUCCUACUUUGGAUUUACGCACAGGAACCUUUCACGCAAACAGUGUCAGUUGACACAAUGUGUCUCUGAUUUAUCCUCCGAGCUUCAGUUGUGGAUUUAACCGUUGUGUGAUUUCUGUUGACUGUGCUGUCUACCCCGAAAUUGCCGCAAAGCUGAGACUCGCACACCAUCAUGCAUAGCUCCUUGGAGAAAAUCUGCUGCAAAAUCGAGGGAAGUCGAGAGGCAGCAUGACUUGCGCUCUGGAUUUCUUUGAAUCUACAUUCCUUUCUCAUAUAAUAUCUUAAUGCUGUUCCAUUUUGGUUUACAAAUAUGAUGAAAUGGCAGCCCCGGAAGAAGGCAUACUUCCGACAGGGUGUUGCCCUUCAGUACCUUGGACGCCAUGCCGACGCGCUGGCCGCCUUCGCCUCAGGGCUGGCCCAAGACCCCAAGAGCCUACAGCUACUGGUGGGCAUGGUAGAAGCCGCCAUGAAGUCGCCCUUACGAGAGUCUCUCGAGCCCACCUAUCAGCAGCUGCAAAAGAUGAAGCUGGACAAAAGUCCAUUUGUGGUGGUUUCUGUGAUCGGCCAGGAGCUGCUGACAGCAUGCCACCACACGGCCUCUGUUGUGGUGCUAGAAGCCGCACUGAAGAUCGGCACAUGCAGCCUCAAGCUACGCGGCUCCGUCUUCUCUGCCCUCAGCAGCGCUCACUGGUCCCUGGGCAACACAGAGAAGAGCACGAGCUACAUGCAGCAGGACUUGGAAGUGGCCAAAACCUUAGGUGACCAAACAGGGGAAUGCCGUGCUCACGGGAAUCUGGGCUCGGCAUUCUUCUCCAAGGGGAACUACCGUGAAGCGCUGACCAACCAUCGCAACCAGCUGGUUCUGGCCAUGAAGUUAAAGGACAGAGAGGCGGCCUCAAUGGCACUGAGCAGCUUGGGCCAUGUAUAUACAGCCAUAGGGGACUACCCGAAUGCCCUAGCCAGCCACAAGCAGUGUGUCCUUCUGGCCAAGCAGUCCAAAGAUCAACUGUCUGAGGCUCGCGAGCUGGGAAACAUGGGAGCCGUCUACAUUGCCAUGGGAGACUUUGAUAAUGCUGUCCAGUGUCACGAGCAGCACCUGAGCAUUGCCAAGGCCCUAGAAAAUAAACGUGAGGAGGCCCGGGCCUAUAGUAACCUGGGCAGUGCUUACCACUAUCACCGCAACUUUGACAAGGCCAUGUCCUACCAUACUCACGUUCUGGAGCUCGCGCAAGAGCUGGAGGAGAAGUCCAUCGAGAUGAGAGCCUACGCAGGACUGGGUCAUGCUGCCCGCUGUAUGCAGGAUCUGGAGAGGGCCAAGCAGUACCACGAGCAGCAGCUGGCUAUAGCCGAGGGCUUGAAGGACAGGGCUGCAGAAGGAAGGGCCUCUUCCAAUUUAGGCAUCAUCCACCAGAUGAAGGGAGACUAUGAGACCGCACUGAAACUCCACAAAACACACCUGGCCAUUGCUCAGGAGCUAAAUGACUAUGCUGCUCAGGGCCGGGCUUAUGGCAACAUGGGUAAUGCCUACAACGCCCUGGGAGCCUUUGACCAGGCUGUUCGCUACCACCGUCAGGAGCUGCAGAUCUCCAUGGAGGUCAACGACCGAGCCUCACAGGCCUCCACCCAUGGCAACCUGGCUGUGGCUUACCAAGCUCUGGGUGCUCACGACCGUGCUCUGCAGCAUUAUCAGAACCAUCUCAACAUAGCUCGUGAGCUCAGAGAUGUCCAGAGUGAGGCACGGGCUCUGGGAAACCUCGGCAACUUCCAUUGCUCUCGAGGAGAGUUUCCUCAGGCUGUACCAUACUAUGAGCAGUACCUCCGGUUGUCUCCUGACCUCCAAGAUAUGGAGAGCGAAGGGAAAGUUUGUCACAAUCUGGGUUAUGCCCACUACUGCUUGGGCAACUACCAGGAUGCUGUCAAAUACUAUGAGCAGGACCUAGCUCUGGCCAAGGAUCUACAUGACAAACUGAGCCAGGCCAAGGCAUACUGUAACCUUGGUUUGGCUUUCAAGGCUCUAGGAGACUUCACUAAGGCAGAGGAGUGUCAGAAGUACCUGCUGUCUCUGGCCCAGUCCCUGAACAAUGCACAGGCUCGCUUCAGAGCUCUGGGGAACCUGGGGGACAUAUUUGUUUGUAAAAAGGAUGUGGCCGGGGCCAUUCAGUUUUAUGAGCAGCAACUGGCAUUAGCUCACCAGGUUAAGGAGCGUAGGAUGGAGGCCUGUGCGUAUGCUGCCCUCGGGGCCACCUAUAGACUUGUACAGAAAUAUGACAAAGCCUUGGGCUACCAUACCCAGGAGCUGGAAGUGUACCAAGAGCUCGGUGAUGUGUCAGGAGAGUGCAAAGCCCAUGGUCAUCUGGCUGCUGUCUACAUGGCCCUCGGGAAGUACGCGAUGGCUUUCAAGAGCUACGAAGAGCAGUUAGAACUCGGUCGGAGGCUGAAGGAUCCUGUUGUGGAGGCUCAGGUGUAUGGAAACAUGGGCAUCACGAAAAUGAAUGUAGGGGUGAUGGAGGAGGCUAUUGGCUACCUUGAACAACAGCUGGCCACUUUACAGCAGCUGAGUGGAAACGAAGCAGUAAUGGACCGGGGCAGGGCCUAUGGUAAUCUGGGAGACUGUUACGAGGCUCUUGGAGACUUCGAGGAAGCCAUCAAAUACUAUGACCAGUAUCUGUCAGUGGCUCAGAGCCUCAACCGCAUGCAGGACCAGGAGAAAGCCUAUAGAGGCUUAGGCAAUGGACACAGGGCUAUGGGAAAUUUACAACAGGCACUUGUGUGUUUUGAGAAACGGCUAGUGGUGGCUCAUGAGUUGGGCGAGUGUGGAGGCAAGGCUCAGGCCUACGGUGAACUGGGCGCGCUCCACAGCCAGCUGGGCAAUUACGAGCAGGCCAUCUCCUGUCUGGAGCGUCAGCUGGCCAUCGCCCGUGACACCCAGGACAGACUACUGGAGGGUGAUGCCAGUUGUGGUUUGGGGACUGUAUAUCAAGCCAUGGGAGAGUACGAAACGGCCCUGCGGUGCCACCAAAGUGACCUGGAGAUCGCAGAGGAAGCGGGCAGCACCACACGCCAGGCCCGCGCCUAUGGCAACCUGGGCCUUACCUAUGAGUCGCUAGGAAACUACGAGCGGGCGGUCGUGUUCCAAGAACAGCACCUAAGUGUGGCUGCUCAGACUAAUGACUUGGCUGCCAAGACACUGGCCUAUGGCAGCUUGGGGAGAACACACCACGCACUGCAAAACUACUCACAAGCUGUCAUGUACCUGCAGGAAGGCCUGCGGCUUGCGGAGCAGCUUGCUCGACGUGAGGACGAGGCGAAGAUCCGCCAUCGUCUUGGGCUUUCUCUGUGGGCCAGUGGGAAUCUGGAGGAGGCCCAACAUCAGCUUUACCGAGCAUCAGCGCUGUUUGAGACCAUCCGCCACGAAGCCCAACACAGCACAGAUUACAAGCUUUCUCUGUUUGACCUGCAAACCUCCUGCUACCAGGCUCUCCAAAGGGUCCUUGUCAGCCUCGGCCAUCACGACGAGGCCCUGGCAGUGGCAGAGAGGGGUCGUACAAGAGCCUUUGCUGAUCUCUUGGUGGAGAGGCAGACGGGCCAGCAGGAGUCGGAUCCAUACACGCCGGUAACAGUGGAGCACAUCUUGGAUACCGUGAACAGCCAGAGGGCUUUGGUGCUUUAUUUUUCUAUGGCUGCUGGUUACCUGUACAGCUGGCUGCUGGCUCCAGGAGCAGGCAUCCUGAAGUUUCAUGAGGUGUACCUGGGCGAGGGCGUAGCCGAAGGGGGGUCGGAAUUCCAAGAGGGAGGUGUCGGCGGAGUGGUCAGUGGCUCCUCGUUGGAGCAGCACAUCGCCAGUGCCCGUGAGGCUCUGGGGGUAGAGUCUUAUUACAGCAGAGGGUGCUCGAGCAGUGAGACUGAGAGUGAGGCGGGAGAUUUGUUGGAUCAACAAUUUGAGGAGCUCAACAACAAGCUUAACUCCGUCACUGAUCCAACGGGCUUCCUGCGCAUGGUGUCCAGAAACAACCUGUUCAACAGGAGUUGCCAGAGUAUGACAAGCCUGUUCAGCAACACAAUGUCUCCUGCCAAAGAUGGCAACUCUUCCCUGCCCCGUCGCUCCAGCAACCUUGGAAAACCUCCACUGCGGGCACUUUAUGAUUUGCUCAUCGCACCUAUGGAGGGGGGCUUGAUGCACUCCAGUGGGCCUGUUGGCAGACACAGGCAACUAGUGAUGGUGCUUGAGGGAGAACUGUACCUCAUCCCGUUUGCUCUGCUAAAAGGAAGCUCUUCUAAUGAAUACUUGUAUGAGCGUUUCAGCCUCAUUGCUGUGCCCUCCAUUCAUGGCCUUGGAACCAGUGCAAAGGCUCAUUCUCGGCGUCCUGGACCAGCCCCAUGCGGCGGCGUCUCAAUGGCAGCAGUGGUGGGUAACCCGAGACUUCCCUCACCUGUGAUGGAUCGCUGGCUGUGGGGACCUAUGCCGUCUGCAGAGGAGGAAGCACUAAUGGUGGCUGAGCUGCUGGGAUGCCAACCCCUUGCUGGCUCUUCUGCCACAAAGGAGAGGGUCAUGAGUGCUCUAACACAGGCUGAAUGCGCCCACUUCGCCACCCACAUUUCUUGGAAAUUAGCUGCUCUGGUGCUCACCCCAAACCCUGAGGCUGUGCCUGGGGGAGCAAGCGCCAAUGUGGGAGUGGGAACAGUGGGAAGAGGUGCAGGGGGGAGAGCAGGCAGCAGUGGCCGAGGCAGAAAGGGCUCCACUGGAAGUGGCUACACCAUCCCAGAGUCUCUCCACAUGCAGGAUGACAGCAGUGAUGUGGAGAGCAUCUGUGACAGCCCGCCCCUUCAGGAGUUCCUGCUUACAGCUGCAGAUAUUUUGGAUCUGAGGUUGCCCGUCAAGCUGGUUGUGCUGGGGUCAUACCAAGAGUCCAGCAGCAAGGUCACAGCAGAUGGUGUUGUGGGACUGACUAGAGCUUUCCUGGCUGCUGGGGCUCAGUGUGUACUUGUGUCCUUGUGGCCUGUCCCAGUUGCUGCCUCCAAGGUUUUUGUCCAUGCCUUCUACUCCGCCCUUCUCAACGGGACCAAAGCUAGUGCGGCACUGGCAGAUGCCAUGAAGACUGUCCAGAGCAGCAAGCAGUACUCACACCCUUCCAACUGGGCAGGAUACAUGCUGAUUGGCAAUGAUGUGAAGCUUAACAGCCCAUCUUCCCUAAUUGGCCAAGCUUUAGCUGAGAUUCUACAGUAUCCAGAUCGGGCUCGUGAUGCUCUGAGGGUUUUACUUCACUUGGUGGAAAAGUCUCUUCAGAGGAUACAGAAUGGCCAGCGUAAUUCCAUGUAUACAUCCCAGCAGAGUGUGGAGAACAAAGUAGGGGGUGUCCCUGGUUGGCAGGCUCUGCUGACAGCUGUGGGCUUCCGUCUUGACUCUGCAGGCACCGGUAUCCCCGCUGCUGUCUUCUUUCCCACUGCUGACCCAGGAGACAGGCUUCAGCAGUGCAGCACCACCUUACAGUCACUGCUGGGUCUGCCACCGCCAGCUCUGCAAGCUUUGUGCAAACUCAUUACAGCUUCAGAGGCAGGAGAGCAGCUCAUCAACCGGGCUGUUAAAAAUAUGGUGGCGAUGCUCCACCAGGUGCUAGUCCAACUACAGACAGGAGAGAAAGAACAGGAUUUCUCCCUGCUGCCCAUUCAGGUGUCCAUUAGUGUGCAGCUAUGGAGACUCCCAGGAUGCCAUGAAUUUCUGGCUGCUCUUGGGUUUGACUUAUGUGAGGUAGGCCAAGAAGAAGUAGUACUGAAGACAGGCAAGCUAGCCAACCGCCGCACCUUGCACUUUGCUCUCCAGGCUCUGCUGGCACUCUUUGACUCCACAGAACUGCCCAAGCGCUUGAGCCUGGACAGCUCAUCCUCCCUUGAGUCCCUAGCUUCAGCCCAGUCUGUGUCAAACCCCCUGCCCAUGGGAUACUCAAGCCUUCCCUUCUCUCCUCCUUGCCUGGACAAUCAAGCAUCUGAUGCCAUUUCUGUUUAUAGCCUUAGCUCUGUAGCCUCCUCUAUGAGCUUUGCUUCCAAAUCAGACUGUGAUUUCCUUGCUCAUCGGCAGCGCGGUGGGGUCACAGCACACUACUCGGUCCACAAACACCCUCAUGUUCCUCGCAGCCGCUCGUCUCCCCAUGGAGCAGCUGCUGCAGUGGCGGGAGCCCGCGGAGAUGAGGAGGAAUAUGAGGGCUUUUCCAUUAUCAGCAGUGAGCCCCUGGGAAGUCAUUGUGACUCUCUGCCUUUGCCACCAGGCCACAGCCAGCGCCACCACCGGGGAGGCAGGGGUGUCGUCGGUGGCUCCAGCACAGGAACGGGGAGAGGGUACACUGUAUCUGUAUCAUCGAGGGGCAGUGUCAGCACCCCAACAUCUCCCGUCAAAACAAACCUGGUGCCCAGCCCAAACUCACCGUUUCAGAAAGUCGGUAAGGUGAGCAGCUCAGAUACAGGAGAAUCUGACCAGUCCAGUACUGAGACGGACAGCACUGUCAAGUCUCAGGAAGAAAAAACUGUCCCUCUAGAUCCUCAGGAACUGGCCCAGAAGAUUCUGGAAGAGACUCACAGCCAUUUGCGUGCUGUGGGUAGUCUUCAGAGGGCUGGUGCAGAGGCCGGGACAGCUGGAGGAACCUCAGCACGGAGUAGCGCAUUCCGCUCUUCUGAAACUAGUGCGUUCAGCCGUCCUAACAGCGGCGCUAGUGGUCGAGCUCAGUCUUCCCCAAGACCCAAACCUCCCUCCCGAUCUUCUUCACUGCAGAAGAUAAGCUCUGGCUACAAUAGCCCUGCGGUCUCUGAGUCUUCCCAAAAGGAGGGCAGCCAUCCUUCACCCACUUCAGACACUCACGCACAGUUCAAAUUAAAGUACCCGAGCUCCCCGUACAGUGGCCACAUCUCUCGUUCCCCGAGCAACGUGUCUCCCAGUUCUGGUCACCAGUCCCCUGCUGGUAGUGCUCCAUCUCCUGCUCUUUCCUACUCCUCUACAGGCUCUGCCUGCUCUACAUCAGCUGACACGGCGGAUUUGGAUCGACUAAGAAGAGGGGUCAUUGACGAAAAAGUACAAGCUAUCCACAAUCUGAAGACCUUUUGGGCUAAUGCUGCGGCCCAACAACAGCAACAUCUAGGUCCCGUCAAAGCUGUCCACAGCACACCCGGUCCUCUCGCCUCUGCCAGCAGAGAUGUACUAAGUCUUCUGAACCUCUCCCCGCGCCACUGCUCCCCUAACGACACCCAAGACAGCCUGGAGCUGCGGGAGCUGGGGCUGCAGUCACUGGAUAGGGGUAGCAAGAACUCUUCCAAUGGACAUCACUGCUCCAACCCCAGAAAAGUGGCCCCAUCACCUACUAUUUCCACUAGCAGUAGCCCUGGUGCUCGUUCUAUCCGACUACCUGCUGGCAAUGGAUACAAGUUCCUGUCACCUGGAAGAUUUUUCCCUUCCUCUAAAUGCUGAGACAUUUAAAAUGGUCCAAUACUUUUACCUAUCAUUUACUAUCCUGGGUGCUGGAGGGGUAGGGCACUUUUUGGGGACUGCCAUUGGUCCAUCAAGGUUGACUGACAGCGAGAAGGAUUUCUUUGGUUGUGAGUUUGAUUCUGCAGAGGCACAUGAGUGCUUUAGAGAGCGUCUAGUCUUUGUGCCCAUAACACUGUAAAUGGCAAUGAAAAAAACUCAACGACCUGAUACUGUGUUUGUGUGUAACUGUGUGUCAGGUAGAUGUAAAUGCCAUUUGGUAUUUUUUCCCCCAAAAAACGUUGCUGUUCGUGUGGGCCAAGCUGCAACAGCUAUGACUGAUUUCUUCCAUUUUUUUUUUGUUUUUAAAUUUAAUGGUUAUUGUUAUUGUUUGUUAUUGUUAUUAAUAUAAUAAUUAUUAUUAUGUUUUGUAAAUUAAUUCCAGUGUUUCACAAUCAGUAUUAAGCGUUUUUAUAUGAUUAAAAAGUGAACAAACCUGUACCAUGUAAAGAUGGAUAGAGUGGAGAAAAAGAUUUAAUAUUUUUUAUUGAAAUCAAAAGGGCAUUUUGCCUGAUUUCUUUGUGAAUUGAGUGUCUGCUCUGAAGCAUGGAUUCUCUUGCUAUUCAGUGUUAAGUACCAUGUAUGACUUUUUAGCCCAUGAUUUUUUUAGAUUAAACAUGAAAGUUUCAUGACAACCAUCUGUCAUUUAUCAGUAAACUGUUUCAAUAAAGCAUCAUGUUUGCUUUCUUGUAUUCUUGACAUUAUUCUUUUGUGUGGCUUCAUACAUCUAUAGAGACCUUAUUCCAGUUCAAGUUGGGACGGCUGUCGCAAAAAGAGAAAUGAUUAGCAUAUCAUUUAAAUCUUAUAUUUACUUGAAUAUAGUACAAAUAUAACAUGGCUAAAGCUGAAAGUAAUAUGAACAAUAUAAUGAGAAAAAUAUUUGCCUUCUUUUUGUCACGUCAGAUCCUCUGGAGUAGAGAGAGCAGACGCAAAUACAGACUAAGGAGAUGGAACUGGACUUAACGAAAAGCAAAAAGUUUAUUUUUGGCUGGAC